UCUUCUUCUUCUUCUUCUUCUUCUUCUUCUUCUUCUUCUUCUUCUUUAUUUCCUCGAGGUGCACGGUUACGCGAUACAUCAGCAGAUUCAACACGUGCAGGAAAGCUGCCUCUGGAGUUUCUCUCCAGCGCUUUUCUUUUGCCGCGCUAACGCCCUUGCUCCAGCUGGACGCUGCUCGCGCGGCUCUGCCUCUUGUAGAUGGCUAACGCUACCAUCGUGCCGACGCCAGGCCAAGCACCAGACUACCGCACGCACGGUUACUUUGCCGCCACUUUUACGCACCGUUUACCCUCACCGGAAGGAAGAGACGCGGCCGGACGCUCGCCCGCCCGAGAGGCAGGCAACCCAACUGCCUCUGUUCUCCACACUCCAUUCUCCAGCGCUUGCUCGUGUUUUCUCGCCGCCUCUGCCUGUCCUGCGUUAAUCAACGCUAUGGCGAGUGCGUAUGUACCGCGCCGUACCGGCCAGUGGCACGCCGGCGUGGCGGUUUGCGGUGUUCUCUCGCCGGCCCGAAUGGGGACGGGCGGGGCAGGACAGGUUGGACUGGGGCAGGUUAUGAGGCGUGGCAUCGAGACGGUCCAGUGUCAAGAUCAGGGCGUGCUGGAGACGACUGCCGCCCCGCCACCGCUGCCACUGCUUUCUUUCUGGAUGAGUGACGGGCGGGAGGGAGUGCCCCCCCCCCCCCCCCACCUCCCUGAAUCAUAUCGGGCGCAUAGCCUACUGGCUACGGUGGAUAAGGAGUGAAUUAUGACUGAGUUGCACCCGGUGCAGUUUUUGGAAACCGCCUCCACACAGACCUGAUCCUGCAGUGUAACUCAGUGUGUUGUGAAGAUUACUUUUUUCUGCACCGAUGCAGCUGGUUCCACUGGAUGCCCCGGCGUGGCGGGGUGUGGUGUGGCGGGGCGUGCGCACGCGUGCCUAUAAGAGCGGGGGGCGUGCCUCCCCGCGGGCUCACUGCAGCUGCAGCCGGCGCACAGGCCGCGUACCCAGCACGUCCACUCGUCACUCGUCACUCGUCCUCUCUCCACGAUGAUGGCCGUGACUAAGGUGGCCGUGUGCGCUCUGGUGUGCGCGCUGGUCGUCGUCUCGGAGGGCAUGCCGAGGCCGGAGCCCGAUCCCGGGGCGCCCGCUAGCGCCAGGGUCGGAUACGCGCCGCACGAGGAGCCGCACGACUACAACGCGCACCCGAAGUACUCGUACAAGUACGGCGUCAGCGACCACCACACGGGCGACAUUAAGAGCGCGCACGAGACGAGGGACGGCGACGUGGUCAAGGGCCAGUACUCGCUGGUCGAGGCCGACGGCACCAUCCGCACCGUCGACUACACUGCCGACGACCACAACGGCUUCAACGCCGUGGUAAGCAAGUCGGGGCACGCCGUGCACACUCUCGGGCACCGUCCUUAGGACCGUCCAAAGACUUAGCAGCAUAGAGUGUGUGUUUGUGUGUGCGUGUGUGUGCGUUUGCGUGUGCUGUGUGUUAGUGUAAAAGUGUAUAUAAACAUGUGAAUGAUGUAAAAUUUAAAUUUGUCUUUGUCCUUAUGCAAAUAAUGUUAACUGUAAAUAAAGGAACUAUUUGCGAA